AUGACUGGACUACAGGCUUCUUGUUUUCUCAUUUAUUACUUGGGCUUAGCUCUCUUACUACUGGUGCACGUUGUCGGAACAGUCAUUGCGGCAGUUGACUUCACUCGGUGUCUGAACGACAUCAUGGUUUACUCAACGGUGACGGAGAUCCUGUAUCGAAUGUUUCUGAUGCAACAUCGAUCAGCUACUCGUUGUGCACAUCCCGAUGUGGUAACGGGCAAGAACCUUUCCAGUGGUUUGUAUUUUUGCAAGAAUUCACUCCCCUUUGGGGCACAGUACAGACUUGAUAAUCUCAUGUCUACUGUCUUAACUGUCGGGUCACCGACACUUGCUGGUUACUCUCUAUUCAUCACCCUCCUCAACUCUCGCUGGAUCAAGCGCCGGUUUGAUCACUUAGUGGACUAUCCUAAUUCACGUUUCGCACUCUCCAUCUUGAGCAGUCUUCAGCAAGUCCCGCUCAGACUGCAUCCUGAUCGCGUACGCUUACCCUCUCUCCUUGUCCUUCCGGAAAACGACUCCUGGUGGAAAUGUCUCGCUGAAUUUGUAGACUACACCCAUACAUGGUCAAUUGCGUCCGCAACCUCCAUUGCAUGGGUCGUUGCUGCCUAUAUCUUCACUGUAGCCAACUCACUUGACAUAAACGUUGCAGCCAAUGGAGAGGCCACCGGCUCAAUGUGGUUGUGGUUGAUUCCAAUAGUUGUCGGAUGGCUGCAGCUCUCCCCAAAAUGCGACUUCAAUCGCUUACAAGCUGCUUAUGACCGUGCAGACCGACACAGUAUGCGCACAGAAACAGCGGAUAUUCGUGCUGGGAUGUUGCCCGCGUCGUUCCGGAGAGCGUUGGCAAUAACUGCUAAGGAGGAAGAUGUGAUGUCUCCAGACGAACUCCUCACCCCUCCGGUGUUUAAUUACUCUCGUUCGCUGCGAUGGGCAUCUACAGCAGAGACUAUCUUCAUGGUAUUCAAAGUGGCAUCAGAGAAGGCUCAUAGCCAUCUUCCCGUUUGUGGGAGCGACAGGGCCGAAUCCGACAUUACCAUUGAAAGCCGACACCUCCAUGACGUCGCCGUGUACUGUGCACAACUCAACGGGAUGCAGAGCAGCCAUUGGGCACCUGGUGUGUUCACAAGAAUGGUUAUCGCUUCCUGCGCUUCGCUUGCAUUACAAUGGGGAACAGUCGGAGCAGCAUUUAUGGCAACGUGGUUCUCUCCUACAACAGGAAUGGGGUGUCGAUCUAUGAGUUAUCUCCUUUACGGAGCCAUUUCGACUUUAAUUUGGAUGAUGCUCCUGAUGUCCAGCAUUCUCGCUCACUCUUCCGCCGCUGACCCCCGCCAAGUAUCGCCAUCUGCACGUGUUACUUUAGCGUUCUCGCACGUCCUGAGAUGGACGGGCAAAUCAUUGGCCCUACUAAACUUCUUUUUGGCGAUCAUGGCAUGUGUAUUCCACUACUCCAACUUCUACGAUACAUGUUACUGCAAUUCCAGCGUGUUUAGCAGGCGAGGUGCAGCAUAUGCUGUGAUUAUCGAAACCACAGCCCAAGCUGCACAGGCUAAGGCUGCCUGGAUCGGUGCCCUUGUCUUAGCGUGUACAUCAGCAUCAGUUUUCCUUGGUAUCCUUAAUCUUUUGUUGGACACUCUACCAUCGUAG